AUGGCUUCAUUAUUUCCUUCUUUUCUUCGUUUGACUCUACUCUUAACCCUCUUGGCGAGCCCUACCUUCUUAUUGUACCCUGUAUGUAUUGUGUCGGCUUUGGAUGAUGAAUUGUCUGUAACAGACUUCGAUUUGAGUCUUUUCCACCAAGAUUACUCACCGCCAGCGCCGCCUCCGCCAGCGCCGCACCCUCCGUCAGUCUCAUGCGAGGACGACCUCAGCGGAAUCGGCACACUCGAUACCACUUGCGAAAUAGUCUCAGAUUUGAACCUCACACGAAACGUGUACAUAGAAGGGAAGGGCGAUUUUUAUAUCCUCCCGAAUAUUAGUGUAUAUUGUUCAUUUUCCGGGUGUGAAUUCGCUAUAAAUGUUACUGGUAGUUUCAGUUUGGGUGAAAAUGCUUCUAUUUUUGCUGGAACAUUUGAGCUCGUGGCUACUAAUGCCAGUUUUGGUAAUGGGUCUACGGUAAAUACUACAGCUUUGGCAGGGUCGCCACCACCCCAGACGAGUGGGACGCCACAGGGGAUUGAUGGGGCUGGUGGUGGACAUGGGGGAAGGGGGGCAGCUUGUUUGAUGGAUAAAGAGAAGCUUCAGGAGGAUGUAUGGGGUGGGGAUGCGUAUUCGUGGUCAACAUUGCAGAGGCCGUGGAGUUAUGGAAGUAAAGGCGGGACUACCAGCAAGGAAGUUGAUUAUGGUGGUGGCGGUGGUGGGAGGAUUAUGUUGGUGGUUGACAGGUUUCUUGAGGUGAAUGGGAGUUUGUUGGCUGAUGGAGGUGAUGGGGGUACCAAAGGGGGAGGUGGGUCUGGUGGGAGCAUCUUCAUUAAAGCUUAUAGGAUGUAAUGUUUCUUCCUUACUUUUUAAUUGAUUUAAAUUUAGAAUGAAG